AUGGCCAAACGUCAAAACGAGCAUCGAAAAUCGCUAAUCGCUUUGUUAAGCAUUCAACCGAUUCUCCGAGAAGAUGAGCCGGAACAUGAGGAAGGUGGAUCGCGUUGCCUUCCCACCCUCCCCUCACCCUCAUCAUUUCCCCAUCGAAAAGUCUCAAUGCCCGAAUUGAAUCCAAUCAUUCCGAAGUUGAACCUGAAACGAACGAGUCUUCAACCCGGAUCACAGGCAUUUCAAAGCUAUCGAGGGAAAAGACCAUUU